AUGGUGGCUCGUAGAGGAGAGCAGUGGAGAGAAGCCAAAACCGUCUCAGCUCUCAUUCUUCUUCUUCCUCCAACCUUCGUUCCUGACGGUCGGCGACAGAGAGAGGAGAUCAGCGAGGAGAGAAGCCAGAACCCAUAUCUGAACUUCCGAAAAACCCAUCUCAGGCAAGCAUUCUUCUCGUUCUUCUUCUUCCUCCAAACGGAGUUUCUGGAAUUUCCGCGACAGAGAGAGGAGAUCAGCGAGGAGAACCCGCCAGAACCCAUAUCUGAACUUCCGAAAAACCCAUCUCAGGCAAGAAGUGAUCUCGUUCUUCAUCUUCCUCCAACCUCCGUUCCCGACGGUCGGCGACAGAGAGAGGAGAUCAGCGAGGAGAGAAGCCAGAACCCACUUCCCUCCUUCCGAAAAACCCAUCUCAGGUCUCCAUUCUUCUCGUUCGUCUUCUUCCUCCAACCUUCGUUCCCGACAGUCGGCGAAUCCAGCUUGUUCCAAGAGACCUUCCGAAAAACCCAUCUCAGAGAGAGGAGAGCAGAGAGGAGAGAAGUGCGAACUCAGCUCAUGACCCCUUCCGAACCCAAGAUCUCAGUUGUAGUGUUUGGCCCUUCCAGUUUGAAGGUGUCAUGA